AGUCUAUUCAUGGAGGCAGUUGUGUUCGUCCGUUGUGGGAGGAGUGAAGAAGGACCAAGCUGUCAGAAACUGGAGGACUUUUAACUACACACAGACAACAAUAAAUUCAUACAGCGACAUUACACGCAGGGGCCCGGUUGCGGAGCCACGAUGGCGGACGCAGAGGCGGGCGGCCCUGCCAACCCCUCCUGCAAGAUCAUGACCUUCCGGCCGACCAUGGAGGAGUUUAGAGACUUCAACCAGUACCUGGUGUCCAUGGAGGCCCAGGGGGCUCACCGCGCAGGCCUGGCCAAGGUGAUCCCACCCAAGGGCUGGCGGCCGAGGCGUAGCUAUGACGACAUAGAUGAGCUGGUGAUCCACGCCCCCAUUCAGCAGAUGGUGGCGGGGCAGUCAGGCCUCUUCACCCAGUACAACAUCCAGAAGAAACCCCUCACCGUGCAGGAGUUCCGCAGGCUGGCCAACAGUGACCAGUACUGCACCCCCCGUUACCUCAACUACGAGGACCUGGAGAGAAAGUACUGGAAGAACCUGACCUUUGUCUCCCCCAUCUACGGAGCAGACGUGAACGGGACCCUGUAUGACGAGGGCGUAGAGGAGUGGAACAUCGGCCACCUGAACUCCAUCCUGGACGUGAUCGAGGAGGACUGCGGGGUGUCGAUCCAGGGCGUGAACACGCCGUACCUGUACUUUGGGAUGUGGAAGACCAGUUUCGCCUGGCACACGGAGGACAUGGACCUCUACAGCAUCAACUACCUCCACUUCGGAGAGCCCAAAUCCUGGUACGCCAUUCCUCCGGAGCACGGGAAGAGGCUGGAGCGUCUCGCUACAGGAUUCUUCCCCAACAGCUCAAAGAGCUGUGAAGCGUUCCUCCGUCACAAGAUGACCCUGAUCUCCCCGUCCAUCCUGAAGAAGUACGGCAUCCCCUUCGACAGGAUCACCCAGGAGGCGGGCGAGUUCAUGAUCACCUUCCCCUAUGGUUACCACGCCGGAUUCAACCACGGCUUCAACUGCGCAGAGUCCACCAACUUCGCCAGCCUGCGGUGGAUCGACUACGGCAAGGUCGCCAAGCAGUGUAACUGCAGUAAGGACAUGGUGAAGAUCUCCAUGGACCCGUUCGUGCGGAAGUUCCAGCCGGAGAGGUACCAGGUGUGGAAGGUGGGGAAGGAUGCGUGCGUGCCAGACCACACCCUGCCCACGCCCGGCUCCACCCCCGAGCUCCAGAGCUGGCUGCUCCACCGAAAACGCCCCCACUCGCCCACCCCCGCCAGACUUCAUCACCCGCGAUCCCGAUCUAAGAAGCUGCGAGCGGCCGUCCCGGAGGAAGAGGAGGGGGUGCAGGAGGAAGAGCGGAGGGCCCAGGCCACCCUCCCGCAGGGGCCCCGGGUGAAGAAGGAGGCCUGGGAGGGCAGGAGGAGGGCCGGGGGGGGAGGGCUGGGACACGCCAGCCAGGCCGGCCAGCCCGCUGAUACGCCCGGCUCCUCAGGGAACGAUCAGGCAGAGGUGAGCAGGACGAUGAGCACCAGGAACAGGACGGAGAGAAACAGCGUCCCAGAGUCCGCUGACCCCGACGCUCCCUGCCUCAACCUCCCCUCUCCAGAAGCACCAGAGCAGGAGCCCGAAUCGAUGCCUGCCAGAGAUGAGGAGGAGGAGGAGGAGGUGGGGGAGGUGCUACCUGCUCCUCCCGUGGGGACGGGGGGCCAGACUGGCUCCCCGGGUGCUUGGAGCGCGGCGACCCUGGGUUCAGGGGUUUGUGGGGGGUUGGAGCCCCGGUCCGGUGAAGAAUCCGCUCAGGACUGUGAGGUCGCUGUUGGCCCUCCUCAAGGUGCUGUACCGCCCCCCGCAGGGGCGGAGUGUGGAGCCAAAGAGUCGCGCAGGGAUGCGACUCUCGCCACUCUUACCGAGUCCCUUAAUGCGGCGUCUCCGCUGCCUUCCACCGAGGCCAGUUCCCCGCCGUCUGAACUUGGUGCUAAAUGCAGUCCGUUUGUGGCUCUUAGGAGUCGUGCUAAGGCAGACUCGUUUGACGCUGUGAGAGGAUCCUCCGACUGUCCCUCUAACGACUCGACGGUAGCAGGUCCCUCUUAUGACUCGACACCAGCAGGUCCCUCUAGUUUCUCGGCAGCAACAAGUCACACAAAUGACACCCUAGUGGAAGGUCACUCUUAUGACUUGAAGGCAGCCGGUCACUCUAGUGACUCCACAGUUGCAGGUCCCUCUUCUGAGUCAACGGUAAGUCACUGGAAUGACUCCCCGGCAGCAGGUCCUUCUUAUGACUCAGCAGUAGCCGGUCACUCUUAUGACUCAGAACCUGCAGGUCCCUCUUAUGAUAUAACAUUAGCAGGUCACUCGAACAUCUCGAAAGCAGCAGGUCAGUCUUGUGAAUUGACAGCACCAGAUGUGGGAGCCAGCUCUUUGCCAGUGGCCCAUAAUGGUGCUGAGUGUCCCGCAGAGAGAAGUGGCGACGCUCUAAGGGACGUCUCGGUUCCUUGCGAAUCUGUGGAGCAGUCUCGCCCUCCCUUACUGGACCCAUGUGAAACCAGCGUUCACCCUCCACCCUCAGGUUUGGACCCGCGGGUGGGGAACCGCAGAGCGAGACGCGAGAUGCCCUCUCUCACUCCCGUGCUCGUGGACGAAGACGUGUCCCUGCCCCCACCACUGGACAAAGAGAUGCCCUCUCUCACGCUGGCCGUCAGCACGGACAUCCUCUCCUGCUGUUCUGGAACUGGCCACCAGGGGGACCCCUUGGCACCCGUGCUGCACAGGGAGGUGUCUCUCCCUUACUCAAAGUCAGAAAAGGAGCUUCCCGGCUCCCGACCUCCGGAUGAAUCAUCCUCACUCGUCACACUACAAUCUCUGGGUGCUCAGUCCAGUCUCCAUCGAGCACUUCCUCUUUAUCACACUCCACCCAAGGCCCUACAGACUUGUCCAUCCCUUGACCACUCUGGCCCUCAUGGUCUGGCCAGUGGACUGAAGUUGCAAGGCUUACUUUCUCCUCCUAGUGGUGAAUCGAGCGACUCAAACGUAGCAUUGCACAUGGGCACGGAUGCCCCGAGAAAGAGCGAGCCGCUCCUCACUAGUCCUCUAGGUCACUCGUCCCACACUGCUUCAGAGGAGGAAGUCCAUCAGGAAAGUGGCCCUCCAGCUCUGGCUGAAGGCUCAAGCCCCUUGGCUUCGUGGCGUUCCCCUUCCUGGCCGGUCCCGGUAGGAGCGGGGUCCACGACUCACGGGGACGGCGACGCCUGCGAUUCGGAGUGCCCGAGCGCGGAGACGACGCCGUUGGGCGCGGGAAUCUGGGACCACCUGAACUGCCAGGGCCCCGCGGUCCUGAUCGAGAGCGUCCACCCGGAAAUCCCCGUGGUCCUGCCGGAAGACAGGACCACCACAUACUACACCCUCAACUCCCCGCCCAGCACUGCGUGGGAGGAGGACGAGGCCCCUGGAGGGGUGGAGUCUGACCGGGCAGAGGGGGAGCCACACGUAUUGGGGGCGCGGUAUAGUGUGGUGGAGGCGGGGUCAGGGGCGGAGCCGAGCGACGCAGACCGCCGCAGGAUGGAGAUGGAGGCAGCGGAGGCCCUCACUCUCUGCGGGGAGCUGGCGGCCGGCAGGCUGGGGCCCCAGGGCCCGGAGGAGCCGUGGGAGGACAGGGACCAGCCGCCCCCCAGGGAGGAGUCUUGGGACUGCAGGAACCCAUCCCCCCUGAGGAGCUCCUCCCCCCGGACCUGCGAUUCGGACGCCAGCGUGUCCUCGGAGGGGAACGACCUCAGCGACGCGGACUGCGAGGGAGAGGAGGCGGAGCUCGAGCCCGGCGAGAUAAGCACAUACCCCAGUCAGACGGUGUUCCCGGUGGGCCGGAUGAAGACCACGAAGAGCUGGCGCCACCCGCUGAGGAAGCCCACUGCGCGAGCCGCGGCCAGCGCGGUGAAGCAGCAGGCCGUCAGCGACGAGGAGCUCCCGGACGCGGCGCUGACGGAGGAGGAGGUCCAGGAGCCCGAGCUCUGGGCCAAGCCGCUCGUGCACCUGUGGCACGGCCGCAAGCCCAGCUUCCCCGCGGAGAGAGAGUACAACGCCACCGCCGCCCAGACCCGGCCCUACUGCGCCAUCUGCACCCUCGUCAUGCCCUACUACCUGCCUGAGGACAGAGUGGAGGACAUCCGGCCCCCGGAGCUGGAGGCUCCCAGCAUGCUCCGCUCCAGACCCCUGAUCCCCGAGAUCUGCUUCUCCUACCGGGAGGGGAACGGCGAAUCCGGCCCGCCCAGAACGGUCCUGGAGGAGGACGGGUCCAGCCCGCUGGUGUGCUGCAGGACCUGCUCGGUGCAGGUGCAUGCCAGUUGCUAUGGCGUCUCUGCGCAGGAUAUCCAUGACGACUGGUCAUGUGAUCGCUGCCUGAGUGGAGAGCUGACCGCUGAGUGCUGUCUGUGCAACCUGAGGGGCGGGGCGCUGAAGAGGACCACCGACGACAAGUGGGCCCAUGUGAUGUGCGCCGUGGCGCUGCCCGAGGUGAAGUUCUCCAACGAGACGGAGCGCUGCCCCGUCGACACCAGCAGAGUCCCGCUGCAGCGCUACAAACUGAAAUGUGUCUACUGUCGUAAGAGGAUGAAGAAGGUGUCGGGGGCGUGCAUCCAGUGCUCCUGCGGUCGCUGCCCCACGUCCUUCCACGUCACGUGUGCGCACGCGGCGGGCGUCACCAUGGAGCCCGACGAUUGGCCGUACGUGGUGUUCGUCACCUGCCACAGGCACCAAUUGCGGAGCUCGACCGCCAAGAGCGCAGGCUGCAGGAAGGACAUCGAGGAGGGCCAGACCGUCAUCGCCAAGCACAGGAACCUGCGCUACUACAGCUCACGCGUGCGGGAGGUCCUGUCCCACACCUUCUACGAGGUCAUGUUCGACGACGGCUCCUUCAGCAACGACACCUUCCCCGAGGACAUCGUGAGUAGAGACUGUGCCCGUCUGGGCCCUCCGGAGGUCGGAGAGGUGGUGCAGGUCAAGUGGCCCGACGGCCUGUUCUACGAAGCCAAGUACCUGGGAUCCAACACCUCCUACAUGUACCAGGUGGAGUUUGAAGACGGCUCCCAGCUCCUGGCUAAGAGAGAGGACGUGUACACGCUGGAGGAAGAACUGCCCAAGAAGGUGAAAGGACGUCUCUCCACAGCCUCCAGCAUGCGUUUCCAGGACGCCUUCCGCUCCCCCAUGAUCGAGGGGGAGAAGAAGAGGCAGAGGACUCCAAACUCCCGCUUCCAGAAGGACUACGUGGCAGACCCCUCCUGCCGGACCUCCGGGAAGAGCACAAUCGAGCCCAGGACCGCCAAGGGGAAAUAAAGACACUCCAAAAACACUAAACUUUAAAAUAAACACAAAAAGUACAGACAGUGAAUGCACUACGUGU